AUGAGGGGCGCGCUGGCGGUCAAGCGGUUGCCGGGCGUGACGGCCUUGUCUGGCAGACGACGCCGUCUUUCCCUCUCCGUCGCUGAGUCGCUUCCGAUUUCGCCGUCAUUUCACUGGUUCGCUCAUAAGCAGGCGCUGGAGGAGAUACACCGCGUGCUGAAGUGGAGGGGGAAGCUGGGCAUGAUCUGGAACGGACAACCAACAGGAAAAUGGACAGCAGCGACUCGGUGGGAACAACAACGCAAAGAGUUGAUCCUCAAGCUCGAUCCCGCCGGGCCGCCGCGCUUUCGCGACGACAAAUGGUGGCACGUCUUGGAGCGCCAGUCCCGCGCGGCGAAGCCAAUCUUCUCGACGCCCAUGGGCGAGAAAAAAAAGGGCACUUCCAGGAAUGGCUGA